AUCCGUCAAAUGCAACGAAUAUUUUCCGUAUUUAUUGGCAGCAUCGUAAUAUCCGGAAUACUAUUGUACACAACUCACGAACAUUACAGAGAAAUGUUUGCAUUUGAAUUUCCACAAGUUGGGGUCAACUGCACAGCAAGGCUCGAUGAAGUUGAUCCUCCCUUUCCUGCCAUGCUAAUUGAUGCAGAUUUACUCACUGAAAUCAAAGAUGAUAGGUGUACAGCUAGGAAACAGAAAAUCAAUGUAGCAGUAGAUGUGAAGUAUUCUAAAUCUGUGAGAAAAUCGGAUUACAAGAUAUACGAUAUCAUCUACUACGAGAAUACGCUGGAAAAGAAUUAUCUACGCCUCUUUGACACCCAGACUCGGAUCAUUCCAAAGUGA